AUGAGGAAAGAGUUAAGAUACAUACUUGGAGCACACGCUGCUUUGGUAAUAUUUUUGGUGUGGUACACCUUUGAUUUAAUUACACUUCUUAAUGACGAUUCCUUUACUGAUGCACUAUUGAACGUGGAACUUCAUCCGAGCAAUGGUGUCUUGGAGAGGCCCCCAAUUAUACCAAAAAUCAUACACCAAACCUAUAAAACAGACGAAAUACCGGAGAUGUGGAAGCCAGGUCAACAAGCCUGUCUUGAUUUACAUCCUGACUAUCAAUAUAUAUUGUGGACGGAUCAGAUGUCAAGAGACUUCAUCAGCGAAGAAUAUCCAUGGUUCCUUCCCACUUGGGACUCUUAUAUAUAUCCAAUUCAAAGGGCAGAUGCCAUUAGGUAUUUCGCUUUAUCGCAUUAUGGUGGCGUCUACAUCGACUUGGAUGAUGGGUGUAAGAGGAAAUUGGACCCAUUAUUAACAGUCCCUGCGUUUGUACGUAAGACUGUACCUACAGGUAUAUCAAAUGAUGUUAUGGGCUCAGUUCCGAGACAUCCAUUUUUCUUAAAGGUCUUAGACUCUUUGAAAACUUAUCAGAAGAAUUGGCUUGUUCCUUAUAUCACCAUUAUGUAUUCGACAGGACCAUUAUUUUUGUCGGUCAUUUGGAAACAAUAUAAAAGAUGGGGGGUCCCUGAAGCUGGUAAGGUUAGGAUUUUGAUGCCUGAAGAUUACAAAAAUCACGCAUAUUCGUUUUUUUCAAUCGCUGAAGGAUCAUCUUGGCAUUUGGAUGAUGCUAAGCUUGUUAAGUCAUUGGCUAAUCAUAUCGGUUCUGCAGUCAUUGCUGGAUUUGUUGUAGCUUUCUUCAUCUUUUAUUUGGAAUAUUUAUUUUACAGUUGGGUCACAUCAAGCAACUUUAGAAAGAUGAUUAAAAAAGUCAAGAAUUUUUUCAUCCAUUUGAAUUUUCUUAAUUUGAUUAGAUAUAAGUUAAAUAAGAGCAUCAAAAAAAGGUCAAGGAAGGACUCGAACUUACCUUCUCAAAUAGAUUUUGAGAAGGAUGAGGUAUCAUUCACAAAUGAUGAAGAUAUUGUUUGA